AUGAGCCGGGCCCAGGUUGUUAGGCGCGAGCUCUGCGUUCAGCGCAUGAGGGAGAUCCACGAGCUGUCAAUGCUCGCCGCGGAGAACGUCGCCCAGCGACCGGGUUUCUUAGUCCGUUACCCUACCGUAGCUAGAUUAGUUGCAGACUUUAAAGCGGCCCAUCUUAAGAUUAUUCAAAACGCCUCGGACGAGGAGUUCGCCGCGGAGGAUAUGAUUCGGAGGGAGUUCGACACGAUGCGUUUCGGGGUGAUCGGUUGGUAUGAGAAGUUCGUGGGCGCGGACCACGCGUCCACCUCAAACCCUCAGGCGCCGGCUCGGGCGUCGUCGAUCAAACUACCCAAGAUCCCGCUCCCGCAGUUCGCGGGAGACCUCGCGCUUUGGCCCUCGUUUAUCGCGUUGUUCAACGCCUCGAUCCACGAAAGCCAAGACCUCUCCUCUAUGAAGAAGUAUCAGUACUUGGUGGCGUCGUUGAAAGGGGAGGCGCUCAAUGUCGUAAAAAACCUCCCCCUCUCUGCCGACAAUUACGCGAUUGCUUACGACGCUCUGGUUUCGCGAUACCAGAACAAGCGCGACUUGACGGAUUACCACGUGGACUCGAUGUUGAACGCCAAGCCGUUGAAAUCGGAAUCGGCCGCCCCCCUGCGCACGCUAUUAGAUACGUUCGUCGAGAACACGCGGGCGUUAAGCUUAUUAGGGUUUCCUACGGACGCCUGGGACUACCUCCUUCUCAAGUUCUUGCUAGGGAAACUCCCUCGUUCGCUGCGAGAAAAAUUCGAGUCCGAGCAUCGGGCCGAAGAGAUGCCCAAAUAUACGCAACUCAUAAAAUUCCUCACCGAGCAUUGCCGAGUUCUCGCGUCCGUGUCGGGCAUAUCAAGCUUCGCGCAAUCGCCGUCGUCUGCGCUGAAGGGUUCCGCAUCAGCCUCGGCGUUUGUGACGAACACAAAAGACUGCCCGGUGUGCCAAGGGCAACAUAUUGUUUACAAGUGCCCGCAAUUUCUGAAACUGUCCCCUAGGGAAAGACACUCCACGGCGAAGACCGCGAACCUGUGCAUUAAUUGCCUCCGCGCGGGUCAUGGCACCGAUAACUGCUCGUCGACAGGGACGUGCCGGUCAUGCCGGAAUAAGCACCACACGCUGCUACAUUUUGAGCGGAGUGCGAACUCAGCGAGCACCCCCGCGAGCGACGAAUCCGCGAACGAGCAAACUUCGCCGCCGCCAAAGAGCGAGCCCCUCGUCACUAUGACGAGCACGGUAAGGUCAAAUUCGGUCGUAUUGUUGUCGACCGUACAAGCCGAGGCCAUCGACAUCCACGGAAACCCCUUUCCGGUUCGCGUCCUCCUCGAUAGCGCCAGCCAGCUGAAUUUUGCUUCCAAAAGCUGUAUGCAAAGGGGCGGUUUUAGUCGGACAAAGCACCGUACCGUGGUGUUGGCGGUCAAUAAUACAAAGGCGGCAGCCACUCGAGGCAACACCUUGUUUGUAAUCCGGGCGCGAGGCCGGGACGACAUCCGCCUCCCGAUAGAGGCUACGAUUCUUCCGCGUAUCGCCGGCCAACUGCCUAACAGUCAGGUAGAACGAGGAGCAUGGGAACAUCUUGAGGGAUUGAGGCUUGCCAAUCCGCUGUACCAUCAACCCGGUCCCGUCGAUAUACUGCUUGGGGCGGAGAACUUCGCGUCGCUACUUCGGGACGGUCGUCGGGUGGGAAGGAAGGGCGAACCGGACGCGUUUAAUACGGUCUUCGGCUGGGUCCUGGUCGGCGCCGUGUCGGCACAGGCACCUCAGUCUACCCACUCAUUUGUUACACUCGAGUCCUUAGACGCAUCGCUUAGCCGUUUCUGGCAGUUGGACGAGAUCCCCACGGCUUUGCCGUACUCGCAAGAAGACAGACGUUGCGAAGAACUGUUCGCGCGGACCACGUGUCGGGACCCUGCAUCUGGCCGGUUCGUGGUAUCAUAUCCCUUCACAAAGGAUAACCCUUGCUUCGUCGGUACGAGGGAACUAGCACUAAAGAGAUUUCGCGCGCUCGAGCGCCGUUUCAAAUUAGACCCAGACUUCAAAACAAAUUACGUUAAGUUCAUGAAGGACUAUUUAGAUAACGGUUACAUGAAACCGAUUGGGCAGCCGUUCCCAGCGGACGGACGCGUCUUCUAUCUACCCCAUCAUGGGGUACUCAAGGCCGAUAGCACGACCACGAAAUUACGCGUCGUAUUUGACGCAUCGUCUAGGGACCUAAACGGUGUCUCGCUGAAUCAGGUAUUGCAAUCCGGUCCAAAACUACAAGCGGAUAUAUUCGUAAUAUUGUUGAGAUUCCGAAUCGGCCGCGUGGCGCUUACCGCGGACGUUAAACAGAUGUUUCUUUGA